AAUAUUAUUAUCAUGUGUCAUGCAACAUUAGACUUUUGAUCAUUUGAAUACUUCAUGAACAUUCUAUACAUUAAAAUAUAAACAUGUAUGUAGUUGUUUUUAUUAUGCAUAUUAAAUCAGCAUUUUAAACAUAAAUAUCCCUCUAUCUCUCAAUGAAAACACAUGAAGUAUGUUGACAGUGUUGGGUGUUUAAUGUGAUGUUGGUGAGUUUCUACUGUAGUUAUGUCUUCAGUUCUGUCUCAGAGAUGGUGUGCAUUCCCUGUAUCGUGAUUCCUGUGCUGCUGUGGGUUUACAAGCGCUUUCUAGAGCCGAUUAUUUAUCCCAUCAUCUCCCCAUUCAUCAGCCGAUUCUGGACUAAAGCAUCAGUGCAGGAGGCCGGAGACAAAGACAGCAAACACAACACUGCUGAAUUCAAUGGAACAGCAAACGGACCGAAGACAGAGUCUGAUAAAAAAGCCGACUGACAGAACUCAUGCAUCUCCUCAAUUAUAUUAACUUGUGUAGAUAUUUUAAAAUGUAAAUCCCUGGAUUUGACAGUAAUCCAUAUAUGGAC